AUGAAGGAUAAUCAGUCCAUCACGAAUAAAAUUAGAGAAAUAAUGAAAAGUUAUGAGGACAAAAUACGAUCUCUCAGCAGGGAAGAAGACACUCAAACGUCUCAAGUUAAAAGUAGCAUGUUAGGAAGAUAUACUGCUAAAGACUAUGAAGAUGCACAGGAACAGGAGGUUCAGAGUGCUCUUAGAGACAUUGAUGAGACAAAGGUUUUGUCAGACAUAACAAAUGAUAUCCAGAAUGCUCAGGACGAGUUGGAUAAGCUUCUUCAUCGUGAAAAAUGGACAGAGAAUGAAGUCUCAGAGAUUCAGAAAAGAUUUAAUAAAAGGCUUAAUGAGGUAGAAGACCUCAAGGCUAAGAAAUUAGCCAGUGCCGAAAAAAUCCUUACAAGAACUAGUAAGGGUUUAGCAAGAGGUGGAACUGCAGGAGCAGGACCAUCAGGUUUCAGGGAAACAAUACCAGUAAGUUUUCCAAAAGUUUCAUCUUGGGAUGCUAAGCCAGUAUGGCAACCCCUAAGAAUGGAACCGCACCCGUGGGAGCGAAAGAAGUUAUCUUUCAAGGAAAUGCUCCAAACCACGGCCAAAUAUCAGGAGUCUGUUUUAAAUUACCCAGGAAGAAUUCAGGAGGAAUUCAGACCAAGGACGAGUGUUCUAGAGGGAGUACCCCAGAAUGGAACCAUCCUUAGACUUAAUUGCGAGAAGGAUCCCACAGUUGCAAUUGAUGAUUGGGCUAUGGAUAUUAGAUAUCAUAUCCUUAGCAGAGGAAUUGAAUCUUGCUCGGUGGAGCAAGCAUAUAAAUUUGCAGUAGCCACAAUAAGAGGAAAUGCUGGAGAUUUUUGGGAGAUACUUCAAAGGAACUCAGACGUAAGUACCAUAAUUAUUAACACCAUCAAAACUCCAGAUGAAGUGAUCGCUAUCAUAGCUGAUUUCCUCAAACAGGAGUUUGUAGGAUAUUCACUAGUUGAUAGAGGGGUCGAGCUAGUUGAGAAGGCUAGGAUGGCUCUCACAAAGAUUCAGAUUUGUGACAUGUGUUAUUUUGAGGAGUUUCUUUGUGAAUACCAGUAUUGGUAUUAUAAGCUUGGACCACAAGAUCAAGUGUAUGCAAAAGAAGUCUUCAUCAAUAAAUUACCCGGUAGUUGGCCAGAAGUGGUAAAACAAGCUGUUAAGCAGAGACUAGAGAGAGAUACAAAAGUAUCAGAUACUCUCGGAGUCAGAGCAGAAACACUAAGACAAAUGAUAAGACUUUAUUGCAUGUAG